AUGUCUAAUUGGCGAUCGCAUUAUAGACGUCGUUGGAACGUUGAGAAAUUCACUGCUCCGGCGGAUGUGAUCCGUCUGGGGCGUGAAGGAAACGUGGAUCGAUAUGCGCAACGAACACCAACCCGUCCGACAACACCACGCUCACCGUUCACACCCUGUACUGAGUUUAAUCCACCUCAUUGUCCCCGAACUCCCGAAUUAAUACGAGAACCAUCCGAUCAUCGUGAGCAAAAAUCCGUGUUGAGUGGUAAUCGCGGAAACGAACGGAAUGUUACUGUUGAGUUUGAGGAAUAUCACAAGUCGGCAUCGGUAAACANCUUCGAGAUGCGAUUGAAAGUGAGAUCGAUCCUGAAACCCGUUGACUGUGCUGCGUUUGUGCUACGCCGCCGAUCGGAUUGUACAAAACGGAGAUCGCCGCUAAAGCAUAGAAACAUUAUCGAUCCCGACAAUGACUUCACAGAUGAGGAAGAUGAGAUCGAGACCACAACGAACGUCAAUCCAUGGCUAGCUGAUGAUUUUCCGGGAUGUUCAACGCCUACAAACCAGACAUCAAAUCGUAAAGUGUCCCGAACUCAUCUUCCAUCCUAUGCUCGCAGCGCACAUCAAAGUCGAACGGUGAAAAGAAGCUCUCGAUUCGAUUCUGGGUACAGACAGACAGUAAGUGAACGAGUGAAAAUGAACAGCAGAACACCAACAAGACGAGCUCCUUCACCUUGUACACCACGUACACCACGUACACCACGCGCUACUGAUCGUUCACGUUCAAGUCGGCGUGAUUCAGCUCAUCGUCAUACGCGUCGUCGCUUAGGCGAUGAGUCCAGCUCAUUGGACUCACCACGUAAACGAAAGAGAGUGCAAAGUUAUACUGGUGCUGGUGAUCACAGCGUCAAUGAGAUCGUUUAUGAAUUCACGAUCUUCCACCGAGAUCGACGUGUAAAUGAGGAACGCUGCCGGAGGGGAUUCAACAAGGCAUGGAAGGAAUGGACGAACUGGAUGAGGGAACGCAAGGAAAUUUGCGAUAAAUGUAAUGAAUAUGCACUCGAUCGAUGCCAACAGUUGGCAUCCAAUAGGAGUCGUGAGAAAUCAAGGAAACACUCGUCAUCGUCGGUAUCAUCAGCGGAUAGAAUUCCAAAUAAGGUGGAGAAACACAAGAAACAGCAGGAGAAUAAUCAUCGGGAGAGAUCCUCGCUGAGAAAGAGUCAACGAUGCGAUGAAUCGUCUUCGAAGCGGACCGAAUCACAUUCGUUGGAUGGUCAUAUCGAAAAGGAACAACACCGGGAACGAUCACGAGGUGAUGCGUCGGAGCGCAGAAAACGAAACGAAAUGAAACGCAAUCACUUCCUGGAACAAGCGAAAAGAGCGGCAUCGCUUACAAGAGAACCUUCAUCAGAGCGUUCAGCAAUUCUGAGUAAUGUCGACGAGUCGAAUGUUCCGCAACAAUCCACCGAACAAGAACGUAUUGCAACCGAUGAAAAUACAAACAACAGAGAAAAUGCUAGCAGUGAGAGAACUGCACCGGAGGAAGAUGUUGCAUGUGCCGCUUUGACUGCGCAUCAGGUGACCAGUGAACCGAUAGUGAACACGGAUCUGGUUUUGCGAGAUCCUCGUCGCGUUUCAAGAAGAUUGCUCCAUGGCUCGUCAGAAAUCGCUCGCCCGGUUAUUAGAGUUAUUCAAAACUGGAAAACGAAUGAAGCAACCACUGUUGUUGCUAGCAGCUCAGAUGGCGCAGCGUCAACUGCUCUCCAGACGGAAAACAUUGCGGACGAUAGUUCCCACUGUGCUAGCAAGUCCGUUGCGGAUUGUGCACCUACGGUCGUCCCAACAGUGCAGACACCUGUUCAUAUUAUUAAUGAUCCCGAAACACCAGGAGCUGUUGAAGAGUCUCAAAGAUCAGCUUCAAUUGUUGAUUCAAUCGUUGGGUUAUGCGCAAACAGUAGAGGAACUGAGGAUUCUGCCAGAACAAUGCCUCAGAUCACGUUUGAACCAUCUUGUGUUAUCGCGUCGACCGGUGCAAUGGCAAAUCCCCUGUAUUAUCCAUCCAGCUCGAUCGAUGAAGUGUCAGCGACGACUUCAGCGGUCUUAGAGGGAUCGCUAAAUUCAGCCACGAAAUCCAACGAUACAUUGCUCUCAAGAUGCUGUCGUUUGUGUCGAGCCCAUGGAGAGAUGAACAGUGUGCAUUUGCGAGCCUGUUGUCCUUGGAAUCAGUGUGUAUGUGUGCAGUGUGCGAAGAUUCGAGAAAGCGAUUCUCGCCGGAAUCGCAACAUAUCUAAGUCAUCCUCGACACUGAGCAUAAAUGAAAGUGCAAAUAAGACGGUGACAUCGACUAGCACCGGAUCAGCAUCAACCCAAUCAGUGAUUACACAGGAACGAAAUCUGGAUUCCGUAUUGCAUCAGGACGGAUCCAUUUUGGAGAGCUUAUUAGCAACGCACCUUACUCAACAAUCGAUGCAAACUGCAAUGGUGUCAUCAAAUGCCAGUGUCAGUGCACAGCAGCACCACGUGGAACCCGAUAAUCUAUUCGAGUUAACCAGCGAUUUUCGCGCAGCGAUAGUCCCAGUGUCGAUGUCGUCGUUGUCACAUUCGUCCAGCUUGCCAGUCAGUUCACAAUCUUCAGCUCCGACAACGGUUCAUCUGACAACAAAUAACACCAACCGGCAUGAACACCACCACUAUCAGCUUUUACCUUUACCCACACCACCCAUGCUACUUGAUCAAUCACAGUCACCAGUGGCCAAUAUGCUGCCCCCUACGAAGCAACUCGCACCACCACCACGGUCUUCAGCGUGCGUCACCAACUCAACAUCUUCAGCGCUAUCAGGAAACGUCACCAGCGUGAGCAGAUCGCUUUCUCAGCCCAACUCAUCUGCAUCGUACACGAGCAGAGCGCAGUCGAAUUCGUUCGUAGCGAGAGCAGAUGUCUGUUCGGAAGUGCUUCUCACUCCGUCGUCAUAUAUCAUCAAUCGAUCAAACCCGAUGGCGCGUGCCAACAAUGCACCGUAUCGUCAUCCAAUCGCAUCACCGGCGCAAAAUUUACCUCAGAACGGGCAACAACCGUCGCUGUAUCGCAUGCCACCACCUUAUUGGUUGCAGAACAUAACAAAUCCACAGAGGACGACAGGCAAUAACUCAUUACAUCUAGGUGAGCCGUCAGUGCCCUGUCAAUUUGAGAUACGCCCACCAGUGAUACAUCCUCGAGGACAGGCUGAGAUGAGUUCGUUGGCGCAGCCUCGCAGCAUUCAACCAUUUAUGCAAUCAAUGAUACCUCAUUCACAAUUCACUGUGCCACCACAAAAUCGUCAGCAGUUCUAUCCACCGAAUUUGAUGCUACCAAGCCUGGCGCAAUGCAGUUUCAAUUUUCGUUAA